UCCAGUCCGCCGCUUGCAGCGGUCUGCGCGCGCCGCGCCCCACCAUGAAGUUUCGCGCCAAGAUUGUGGAUACGGCCUGUCUGAACCACUUCACGCGCGUCAGCUGCAUGGUGGCCAAGCUGGCCCGCACCUGCACCCUACGCAUCCGCCCGCAGAAACUCAACUUCAUCCUGGCCGACACAGCAGCUGGCGGUGGGGUCAGCAUGUGGUGCGAGCUGCCACAGGAGAACUUCUUCAGUGAGUUCCAGAUGGAAGGGGUCUCCGAGGAGAACAAUGAGAUCUAUGUGGAGCUCACAUCGGAGAAUCUCUUUCGGGCCUUGAAAACGGCCCAGAACGCCCGCUCCCUGAAAGUCAAACUGACGAACAAGCACUUUCCCUGCCUGACAGUGUCGGUUGAGCUGUCGUCUGCAUCCAACAGCAGCCGUAUGGUGACCCACGACAUCCCUAUCAAGGUCAUUCCUAGGAAGCUGUGGAAGAACUUGCAAGAGCCGAUGGUCCCCGACUCUGACGUUAGUAUUUAUUUGCCGGUCUUGAAGACCAUGAAGAGCGUGGUGGAGAAGAUGAAAAACAUCAGCAAUCACCUUAUUAUUGAAGCGAACCUGAAUGGAGAUUUGAACUUGAAAAUAGAAUCUGAAUUAGUGUGUGUUACCACUCAUUUUAAAGAUCUUGGAAAUCCUCCAUUAGCCUCCGAAGCCGCCUCUCAGGACAGAGACCCGGAGGAGAUGGCAGAAGUGCGCGUGGACAUCAGGAAGUUCCUGCAGUUUCUUGCUGGACAGCAAGUGAACCCAACCAAGGCCGUCUGCAAUGUCGUUAGUCACAAGAUGGUCCACUUCGACUUGCUUCACGAGGAUGUGGCCCUGCAGUACUUCAUCCCGGCCUUGUCGUAGUGCCACCAACUGCCGGGCGCCUCCACUGGGACCCGACAGGCUGCUGGACGCAUCUGGUAGCCUGGUGGUCCUCCAGCAGCACAGUCCUAUGCAGUCCCCUUGUUUUCCCUCAUAGCCUCUCAGCUAAGAAUUGAGUUAAUGAAAUGCAGUUGGAUAAACAUGUUACUUUCUUA